AUGGCCCUGACGGCCAAUUCGAUCGCGGCCCAGCUCGGCAAGCUGUCGCUGGUCGGCAUCCCGCGCGCCCCCGUGCGCUUCAAGCACAUCAGCGCGAAGGUCCGGAAGCGGCUGGAGGCCGGAAAGAAGAAGGUCCGGAAGCCUCAUCCGCUGCCGCAACUCCCCCCGCACCACGGCGAGAAGAUAUGGGUCUUCCACCACUUCUUCGACGGCAUCACCGUGUACUCCCAUAGCCCGGUGCCCAAGGCCAGCAAGAUGCUGCGCCAGAUCCCCUUCAACGGGAAGAAGCUGCGGCCGUCGUCGAUACGCAAGGACCUGUGGCGGCCGCUGGCCAUGAUCCAGUUCCCCGAGGGCAGCGGUGAGGUGGGCCGCAGCGUGUACCAGCGGCUGCGCGAGUGCCAGUCGCUGCACGCGCUGUGCUGGCCCGACUCCCUGCUCGCCGACCCCAAGGACGGCCACGUGCUGACCAAGCACGACCGCGGCCGCCGCCUCAACGACCAGAAGGCCAACGCCAUCGCCGACAUCGCCGCCGUCCUCGCCGGCCUCGGCAAGGGCAACAAGAUGUGGGUGGCCGCCCCUGACCCCGCCGACGACGCCGCCGCCGCCGCCGACCCCGAGAGCAGCACCCGCCCCCCCGACGCCGCUACCCCCCCCAGAGCCCUGCUCAAGGCCGAGAUCUGGUGGAUGAACGGCCAGGACCGCGGCUACGCCAAAAAGUGGCCCUCCAACGUCACCCACCACCUCUUCGCCGAGGCCGUCCUCCAGCCGCUAGACGCGGAGACGCCGGACGGCGCCGCGCCGCCGACCGAGGGGGGCGGGAAGGAAGGGGACAAACCGCGGACGGCGCCAGCCGAGCUGGUGGCCGCCGAGCAGCUCCAGAAAGGAGGCGAUCAGCGGCCUUCCGCGUAA